AUGAAAUAUCUUCCCUGCAUGCCGGCGCUGCAUUCUGGAGAUCUUCCGUGGUUGUGGGCAGGCGAAUACAUGUUUCGGAAAGGGAUUCGCAUGGGAGAAGAAAUCAAGGCCAUCAAAUGGGUCCUCUUCAAUUCUUUCUUAGAGAUUGAAGCUCCAGUAGUGGAAACGUUGUCGAAAGAAGUGGGCGUUUAUCCAAUAGGUCCUCUAAUUCCUCCUGAGUUUCUCCAUAGCAGGACAAGCACGAAUGUCCUUCCAAGCUUCUGGAAGAAUGACACAGAUUGCUUACAGUGGUUAGAUAAACAGUGUGCACACUCUGUGAUUUACAUAUCUUUUGGAACUUUGGCAGGUCUGAGCGAAAAGCAAUUGGAAGAGCUUGCUCUGGGAGUGGAGGCCACACGGAGACCAUUUUUGUGGGUUGUGCGCUCCGAUCUAAUGAAAGGAAGCAAAGUUAUUUUACCUGCUGGUUUCUUGGAGCGCGUGAGAGAUAGAGGUUGCUUAGUUUCGUGGGUGCCACAGUUAGAGGUGUUAUCUCAUCCUUCCAUAGCCUGUUUUGUGACUCACUGUGGAUGGAACUCUGUACAGGAAAGCAUCACCAUGGGCGUGCCCAUGCUUUGUUGGCCUCAUUUUUCAGACCAAUUUCUUAACCGCACGUAUGUUGUGGACGUGUGGAAAUUGGGUCUAUCAUUCAAUGCGAAUAGCCAAGGAAUUAUAGAGCAGGGGGAAUUUGUGAAAAGUGUAGAGAUUUUGCUGGAAUCGGAACAAGGCCUGGAGAUCAGAGAGGAAGCGAAAAAAUUGAAGAUAAUUGCUAGGGAUGCAGUCAAGGACGGGGGAUCCUCAUCGAAUAACUUUAAUCUAUUUGUCACUGCCAUGAAGCGACAACCGAAUGAAUGA